AUGAAUUUUGACUCAACUUUUAGCGAUUACCGAGUCGUUGUUGGAAUCGACUUUGGAACAACUUAUUCGGGUGCAGCUUACAGUAUUAUAUCUUCAGAUAACGAAGUCUGUGAUAUUGUAGCAUGGCCCAAACAGUCUGCUCACCGUUAUCCAAAGGCACCAACUAUGAGCUUGUAUGAUAUUGAAACCAAGGAACUUACUUUCUGGGGAAAUGCUGCUCGCCAAGAACGUUCAAAGAGCAACCUUACAAAGAAAUACUUAUUGUUGCAACAAUUUAAGCUUUAUCUCGAUGAAGGAUUAGAAGGAGUUCUUAAAAAGCCACCUGGUAAUCUGGACCCAGUUGUAGUAAUUGCAGACUACUUGAGAAAAUUUCAUGAACAUGUUCAGUCUGAAAUGGGAAGAGGUUAUGCUCAAACACUAGGAAGUCGAUACCGCUAUUGCUUAACUGUACCAGCUAUGUGGACCGAUGGGGCUAAAAAGAAGAUGCGUGAGGCUGCCAUACUUUCCGGAAUUAUCAACCAAGAUGACGACCACGAUAGACUUAUGCUUAUUUCUGAACCCGAAGCUGCAGCGAUCUACUGUGAGAAUACAUGCGAGCAAUUUGAUAUGAGAGAUGGCGACGAGUUUAUGAUUUGCGAUGCUGGAGGUGGAACUGUUGAUCUCAUUGUAUUCACCGUGAAGAUGGAUGCAAACGGAAACCGUAGAUUCAAAGAGAGUACAAAAGGAACUGGAAAGUCGUGCGGAUCCAUGUUUAUUGAUAAAAACAUGAAGAAGCUUUUGAAGAUGAAACUCAAAAAGGUUGUCACCACUAUUCCAGCAAAGGCAAUGGACACUAUGAUGGAGCAUUUUAUAGAUAUUAUAAAACCAUCCUUUGAUGGAAGCGAGGAUCACAGUUUGCAGGUGCCUAUGAACCUUGGUCUGGUACAAAGUUCAAACGAUUCAAUUGGCUUAAGUGAAGGACAGCUUAUAUUUACCGUGGACGAGUUGAAGCAAUUGGUGUUUGAACCUGUUGUUAGAGACGUUAUUGGGCUUAUUCACCAACAAAAGAGCCAAACUAAAAAUCUGAGGGCAAUCUUUACAGUUGGUGGAUUUGGUGCUUCCAAUUAUCUUUAUCACCGAAUUGAUCAAGAAUUUAGACCGGAAGAAAUUUUGGUUAUCAAGCCCAACAGACCAGAGAUGGCCGUGUGUCGUGGUGCAGUUUAUUUUGGAUUGAAUCCUAAUAAGGUGACCACCCGCGUAUCUCGUUUCUGGUAUGGUAUUGAUAUCACCAACACAUUUGUGGAUGGUGUUGAUCCAGAAGAAUACAGAAUUCGCAAGUCGGAUGGAACUUACCGAUGCGACCAUCGAUUCUCCACUUAUGUACGCAGAGGAGAGCCAAUAAACACUGAUGAACCCGUUAGCCGCAAUUAUACUACACUAUACCCACGCCAUACUGUUUGCACCAUGUUUGCCUCCAGCAAUGAAAACGAGCCUCGAUACACAAAAGAAGCUGGUGUUAAAAAAAUCUUUGAUUUCCAGAUUCCAAUGCCAGAGCUGCCUGGUGCAAGAGAUGGUGACAUUAUUGAUUUGAACAUCAAGGCAAAUGUCGAAUUGAAAGUCGAGGCUUCAAUCAGAGACAUAUCCUUUCAAGUUAUCUGCAAUUUUGGCGCUUAA